CCCUCGGUAGGCACGCAAGUCCUCCGAGAGACUUGGCCCCAGGUACCUGUGCAUCUAAUAAAGCCUCUUGCUGUUUGCAUCUGAUCUGUGGUUUCGGUGUGUUUCCCGGGUCUGGGGUCUCUCCCUGAGGAAGAUCUCCCCUGGGGGUCUUUCAUUUGGUGGCCCGUACGGGGAUUGAGACCCCUCCCUGGGACCACCGACCCACCAUCAGGAGGUAAGCCGGCCGGCCUUGGUUUAUGUCAUCCCUGUCCAGUCUGAGUGUUGUCUGUUUGUCUGAAUGUUGAAUGUUGUUUGUUUUUCUCCGUGCCUGCGCCUGAUAAUCUGUCUGUGUCAGUGGAUCUGAAAGAGGGGGCCGACGGGCCUGGACUUCGCCACUGGAACCCUGGAAGACGUUCCAGGGGAAUCUGGAAACCUGGAAGACGUUCCACGGGAAUCUGAAAUGCCCUCUGGGGCACGGUUUUUUGGGGCCACUCACGUAUCCGAGGGAUACGUUGUGCUGGUUGGAGAAGAGGGGGUUGGACCCUCGCAGUCUCCUUCUGAGGUUUUGCUUUCGGUUUGGAACCGAAGCCGCGCAGCGCGUGUUAGUGUUAUUUGUAUUGGUCUGUUGUUCCUUGUUUUCUGUUUAACCGUUCUCCUCCUAGAAACAACCAUGGGACAGACUGUCACCACCCCCUUGAGCCUCACGCUUAAACACUGGUCAGACGUAAAGACACGAGCCAACAACGAAGGAGUCGUAAUCAAGAAGAAAAAAUGGAUCACUCUUUGCGAGGCCGAUUGGGUUAGAAUGGAUGUAGGAUGGCCUCAUCAGGGAACCUUUAACCUCAGUCUUAUUUCACAGGUGGAGGGAAAAGUUUUUGCUUCCAGUCCCCAUGGCCACCCGGACCAGGUCCCAUACAUUGCCAUGUGGAGACUCCUGACAACAGAACCUCCCCCAUGGGUUAAGCCGUUUCUCUUCCCCUCGGCCCCCCGGCAGCAGCAGCGCUCGCCGAAUCCCGGGGCCGAGGAAGCCAGAUCGGCGGAUCCCUCCCACUCCCUGUUCCUCCCUAACCCCACACCAACAAGUCUUUUCCUCUCCCCGCAGGCCGCCGCUCCAGCGCAGGUGGGCGCGCGAGCAGGCUUGCAGGCGGGUGCGGGAGAUGGGAACACGCAGGCGAACGUGCAGGCGGGCGCGCAGGCGGCCGCAGGUUAUGGUGCCGGCGCUCAGGCGGGGCGGGGGAUGGGAUCGGUGGGAGACUGCUCCCCGACCGGCUCUGGGACGACUUGGGAGCCCCGAUUUGGGGAAGGGGGCUCAGGAGGGACGGCGCCACUCAUGAGCGCCAAACCACCGCUCCCUCCCGCCUCUCCUUCCUCCUCCCUUUACCCUGUUCUCCCACGAAAGGAUUCCCCUAAGGCUCCCGUCCUCCCCCCGGACCCCAAUUCACCUCUUAUUGACCUCCUCACAGAGGACCCACCACCAUACCCAGGGAAUCGGGCACCGGAGGGACCGGUGGCCCCUGCAAUGGCACCGGAGGGACCGACGGCCCCCCCGGAGGCGCCUGAACAGCCUCCAAGGAGAGAGAGGGAAGAUGAGAUUCCGGCUCCCUCCCCAAUUGCCGGUCGCCUACGAGGAAAGCGCGACGAGCCAGCUAAGGAGUCCAGAGCCUUUCCCCUUAGGGAAGGUCCUAACCACCAGCUCCAAUACUGGCCGUUCUCAGCCUCUGAUCUCUACAACUGGAAACAACAUAAUCCCCCUUUCUCUAAGGACCCUGUUGCCUUGACUAACCUGACUGAGUCCAUUUUAGUGACCCACAAGCCCACUUGGGAAGAUUGUCAGCAGUUACUGCAGACCCUCCUGACGGUGGAGGAAAAGCAGCGGGUCUUCCUGGAGGCUCGGAAGCGGGUUCCAGGAGACGAUGGAAGACCCACCCAAUUGCCUAAUAUCAUUGACGCAGCCUUUCCCCUCACCUGCCCGAACUGGGACUUCGUGACCCCGGAAGGUAGGGAGCACCUACGUCUCUAUCGCCAGUUGCUCUUGGCGGGUCUCCGAGGGGCGGCUAGACGCCCUACCAAUCUGGCCCAGGUUAGAAAUGUAACCCAGGGAAAGGAGGAAACGCCGGCAGCGUUCUUAGAAAGACUUAGAGAGGCGCGCAAGUCCUCCGAGAGACUUGGCCCCAGGUACCUGUGCAUCUAA